AGCUUCACGCGCUCUUUGCUGCUGUGCUAAGAGUCCUUCCUGUUUCAGAAAUUUGAAGGAAGCAGCAGCAACAGGACAGUCGCUGAGUAAAUAUGGUUUAAUCUCAGUGAUCUGUAUGAAGGACGGACCUAUGCGCUCUCAUCUUAUUUGUACCACAUCAGCAUUGUACAUACUGUGGAUCAUCAUGGCCCAGGUCGCUGGCCAGGAGGACAGGGAGAAAACCACUGCGCUCAAAGAUCUGUUGUCAAGAAUAGAUUUAGAUGAACUGAUGAAGAAAGAUGAACCUCCUUUCGUCUUCCCUAAUACACUGGAGGAGUUUGAAUAUGCCUUCAAUGAAAAUGGCCAGCUCCGCCACAUACAAACAGGUGAACCCUUUGAGUUUAAUGCCAGAGAGGAUCUGCACCGCUGGAACCAAAAGCGUUAUGAAGCUCUUGGAGAGAUCAUCACUAAGUAUGUUUACGAACUGUUGGAGAAAAAGUGCAACUUGACUAAAGAAUUUCUUCCUGUGGAUGCUACAGAUGAUGAACCCAGAAGUUUUAUCUACCUUAGCACAGAUGCCUUGACUAAUCCAAACAAGCUGCUCGUGCUUAUCCAGGGCAGUGGUGUGGUGCGGGCUGGUCAAUGGGCCCGUAGGCUUAUCAUUAACCAGGACCUGGACUCAGGAACACAGAUCCCUUUCAUCAUGAAGGCCAUGGAGGAGGACUACGGUGUGAUGGUGCUCAACCCAAAUGAGAACUACUUGGAAGUGGAGAAGCCAGCAAAGGACUCCCCCAUUAACUCUCCUGCCGAACCCUCGGAUGAACCUGCCGAAAAGAGGGAGCGCAAAGAUGAACAGGAGAGCAAAAAGAAGAGGGAAUUUUAUGAAAAAUAUCGCAACCCACAGAAAGAGACUGAGACCGAGCGCAUCCCUAUACGGGAAAACACCUCAUCUGAAGAACACGUGCUCUACGUGUGGGACCACUUUGUGUCUAAAGCUGCUGCCAAGAAUGUCUUCAUUAUCGCCCACAGCUACGGAGGCCUGUCUUUCGUUGAACUAAUGAAUCAAAGGGAAAUGCAAGUGAAGAACAGAGUGUGUGCUGUGGCUCUCACUGACUCUGCACAUAACAUUUGGCAUCAGGAGACCUCCAAAGGGACACAGGAUUGGAUGCAGCAGUGUUGUUGUAACUGGGUAUCGAGUCCCGAGCCGCUGGACACACAGCUUGAGCCCAUGUUGCCAGACUGCCCUAGAGUUUCUGCAGUGUUUGGCCUCCUGUCCCUGUGCCCUCACUGCGGUUCACUGGCCUUGAUGAUGUCAUUUCCAUCAUGAGAAUGUGUCCUUAAUGUAGGAUUAGGGAGGAAAGCUGUAAUCCUCAACAUGACUGUUAAGAGAUGAUGAUUGUGAUGUUGUUUGAAGAAUGACACACAUUUAGAUAUGCACACACUGAUAAACAAAGAGAAAACUCAGUCUUUAAACAGAAAACAGUAUAUAUGUUAUGUAUUUCAAGGCCCUUUCAAAAUGUAUUGAGUCACCACUUGUUAAAUAUGUACCUACCCACAGAUAUCUGGGAAACUUGGAAUACCUUGUCUCACAUUUUGUCACACAACAACCAUAAAAUUCAAUGGAUUUCUGUGGAUUUCAGGUAAUGGACCAACACAAACAAUUCCAUGUUUGGAAAGUGGACAGAAAGCUGUUCAUAGUGGAAAAAAAUAGAAAUCUGAAAGUGCCUAGUUAAUUCCCAUCCAGACACUUUUGGUCUGUUUGCGGUUGUCCACUUAAACUGACAAGCCUAUAAUGAAAUAGUUUAGAUCAGACCAUAAUGAUGUGUUCAAAUGACCCAGUCACUGUCCAGAACAGCAUCCCCUUGAGAAUCUGUGGGACUAGACUUGAAAAGUGCUGUUCACAAACAUUCUCCAUCCAAUCUGACUGGGCUUGAGCUUUUGUCAAAAGUAGAAUGAGUAACAAUUUCUGUCUUUGAAUGUAAAAAGUGACCCAUACGAAAAGACUGCAACUGUAAUUCAACUAAAAGUUUGUACUAGAAGAGUGAGACACAUUUUUCAGAACUUAAUAUGUAAAAACGUCUUAAAACCCAGUCCUCUUUGUAUCAUGUAAACCCUCAAUAAAAUGCAUUGAAAUGCAUUGAAAUUUAUGGGUGUAACCAAGCAAAAUGUGAAAAGGUCUAAAGGGUAUGAAUACUUUUGCUGGGGACUGUGCAUUCUUCUCUCACCUCUCCUUUCCAUCGCCGCUUCGGUGGUUCAUACCUUGUGAUUUUAUUCCCUUCAAAGCUGCUCACUGACAUCAUAGUGAAUGUAUAGGUCAUCUUACACAUGCCCCAUAUGUCUGCGAGUACAUCUCUUAACAUUGCUAUCUCAUCUCUUUAACUGAAAAUGGCUUGUUCCACAUGAAGCAGGGUGGGUGGUUGGCCUGAACAUCUACCAGUGAAUCAGCUCCUUGAAAUGUCACCUAGCUUUCAGAACAAAAUCACUGCUUUAUUUCAUGUUCAAAUGUCAUUUUCUUUUACUCUCCUGACUUCGGUCUCUUCUCAGCGACUGCUGUCAGUCAAAUGACAGCUGCGGUACAGCCAAAGUACCGAGGUCACCAAUUUUAAAAGUUUUGCCGUGCCUAACAUUGUCCAAACACAGGGCUGUUUGACACAUUAUCGUUUUGGUAUGUGUGCACUAUUGACUUGUGCUAUGUUGAUUCCUGCUACUUUAACUGGGCUGAAAAGAUCUGGGUCUCUAGCCUGCUAAGAGAGCUGCCAACUCAGCUUGUCUCUGGUCUUUUGGUGGCAGCUUCUGAUGUCAAAGGUUGCCUCAGUCAUCUUUGUGUCCUUGGCAGCCUGGCAGGUUCACAGGCAGCGACCAUUGUGGUGAGAGUUACAGCAGAGCAGCAGAGGUGACAAGGUUGAGAGAGGGUUGAGGGAAGGCUGUCAGGGCAUCGUGGAGCAGAAUUUCAGUCAAGCCAAAUGCCACCAUGGCUGCUGUUGUCUUGGUUGCCAUGGUGUUUGCCUGUGUGUAUGUGUAAGUGUUGGUAAUUGGGGCUAAAGAUAAAGCCUCUCAGUAACAGAAAAUAAACCAGUGAAUCCUUGCUGUCAUGCCCAACAUGCGUGCACACAUAUCCAGGGGCUCACAUCACAAUGUGAACUACUGCUCUUGUGUGUAGCCAGGCAGAGCUGGGCCUGAGGCAAGUCUGGGGCUGGUGUGGAGAAUGGCAUAUGUUCAGACAGACCCGCGCUAAAAUGUCUGUCGGCUAGCAAAGUAUUCAACUUCUAUUGGUCAUGCAGCAUCAUGGCAAAAUGGGAUAAAGAGUCAGUCCUCCUUUUGCUUUAUUUGCAGUGUGGGCAUUAGUUUUUUCUAUUCUUAUUCUUCUCUUCCUCAAACUUUUUAUUUCUAUCUACCCCUCUCAUAUGUCCCAGUCAGAAAUAUGGCUUCUUGUGACUGUCUUGUAUUUCUUUCAAGGAACUUAGAAAAUCUGACUUUCAAGUGUGAAGUUCAACUGCAUAUUUAACCUGCACAAUAUUUCAAAAAUACAUCACCAAAACAUCUAUGUCUGGAAUAUUAACAUCAUAAAGAGUUUUCAGUAAUCAAUGUUAACUAUCAUUUCCUAAUUUCACACUUUGCAUGAUUAAUAUUAUUGUAUCUUCAUGGUGCUGGAAGGAGUAAGGCUGCUGCAGAUGCUCACAGCUGAACCUGAUGAUAGUGUCAAUAUUCAGCAAUAUUACAAUGACAAUUUUAAACAUAAUGCAUUGUAUUUUCUACAUUUACCAAGAUAUAUUAAUUUCUGUUUAAGUCUUGACUACGUCUUCUGCGAUUAAGUGCAUUUUCCUCUUUGUUACAUCAAGCAUAAUAAUUUUCUCCUAUCAAGGUCAGUGCUUUAGCAUUUGGCACUGACCUGUCACACUAGCGGUAUUUUGUCAGUAAGCGGCAUGUUGAGUUCAGGUUAAAUAUGACACGGUGGAAUUAGGCCAUUGUUUUACCUGUUUCAUUUGAAUGUGUCAGGAAUAUUAGGAGUGUGUGUACAACUGGAAUAAUGUUGGUUUCCAUCAUCCCAGUGUGUGUUUAUUUAGAUAAUGACAAAUAAAUUAUGCUGUAUAUGUUUUUA